GUCAAACUCAGAGAGAAUGAUGUUACAAUAAACACAACAUCGAGCCCCGGGGGCCUGCUUGAGUAUUUCAGGGCAGCAGCAGGACAUUUCCUCACUGGAGAGGGGCACAGUUCGAAGUUGGCGCAACCAAGGAGAAGCCUGACCCAUAGGUUGGUCCCUUUCUAAAGUUAACUAACUCUCACCCUUUGACUCUUGGUCCUGAGUUGUGCUGAGCUGGCUGCAGACACUCUCAACAGCACUUGGGACAUUGCACUGGACUUACCAGGGCUGCAGUCUCCAGAAUCAUGCCCUCGGUGGAUGACAUUUUAGAGCACAUAGGGGAAUUUCACUUUUUCCAGAAACAAACAUUUUUCCUCUUAGCUCUGUUCUCAGCAGCCUUCACCCCCAUCUACGUGGGCAUUGUCUUCCUGGGCUUUAUCCCCAACCACCGCUGCUGGAGCCCUGGAGUGGCUGAGCUGAGCCAGCGAUGUGGCUGGAGCCUGGCCGAGGAGCUCAACUACACAAUGCCGGGCCUGGGGGCUGCGGACAAAGCCUUCCUUCAGCAGUGCAUGGAGUAUGAGGUGGACUGGAACCAGAGCACCCUCAGCUGCAUGGACCCUCUGUCCAGCCUGCCUGACAACAGGAGCCACCUGCCACUAGCCCCCUGUCAGCACGGCUGGGUGUAUGACACACCUGGCUCCUCCAUCGUCACUGAGUUCAACCUAGUGUGUGCCAACUCCUGGAUGCUGGACCUGUUUCAGUCAGCUGUGAAUGUAGGGUUUUUUAUUGGUGCUGUGGGCAUCGGCUACCUAGCAGACAGGUUUGGCCGUAAAAUCUGCUUCUUGAUAACAAUUCUCAUAAAUGCUUCAUCUGGGGUUCUCAUGGCCAUUUCUCCAAACUAUACAUGGAUGUUACUGUUUCGCUUGAUCCAAGGACUGGUCAGCAAAGCGGGCUGGUUAAUCAGCUACAUCCUGAUUACAGAAUUUGUUGGGCUGAGCUAUCGGAGAACAGUGGGGAUUUUUUACCAAGUCUCUUUUACCAUUGGGCUCCUGGUGCUAGCAGGAGUGGCAUAUGCCAUUCCUCACUGGAGGUGGCUGCAGCUUGCCGUCACUCUGCCCAACUUCUGCUUCCUGCUCUAUUACUGGUGCAUCCCUGAGUCUCCAAGGUGGUUGAUCUCCCAAAACAAAACCAAGAAAGCCAUGAGGAUCAUUAAGCACAUCGCUAAGAAAAAUGGAAAAUCAAUGCCAGCUUCUCUUCAGAGCCUCAGAGCAGAUGAAGAAGCUGUUGAGAAGUUGAAUCCUUCAUUUCUUGACUUGGUCAGAACCCCUCAGAUAAGGAAACACACUUUGAUCUUGAUGUACAACUGGUUCACGAGCUCUGUUCUUUACCAGGGCCUUAUCAUGCACAUGGGCCUCGCAGGGGGCAAUAUCUACCUGGAUUUCUUCUAUUCUGCCUUGGUUGAAUUCCCAGCAGCCUUCAUCAUCAUCUUCACCAUUGACCGAAUUGGUCGCCGUUAUCCCUGGGCUGUGGCAAAUAUGGCAGCAGGGGUGGCCUGCCUAGCUUCAGUUUUUAUCCCUGAUGAUCUGCAGUGGCUAAAAGUCACCAUCGCGUGCUUAGGUAGGAUGGGAAUCACGAUGGCCUUCGAAAUGGUUUGCCUAGUCAGUGCUGAAUUGUACCCUACAUUCAUUAGGAAUCUUGGCGUGCUUGUCUGUUCCUCAAUGUGUGACAUUGGUGGCAUCCUCACGCCUUUCCUGGUCUACCGCCUCACGGAUGUCUGGCUGGAGCUCCCACUUGUGGUGUUCGCUGUGGUUGGCUUGGUGGCCGGUGGACUAGUGUUGUUGCUCCCAGAGACCAAAGGGAAGGCUCUGCCUGAGACCAUUGAGGACGCUGAAACCAUGCAGAGACCAAGAAAAUAUAAAGAAAAUAUGAUUUACCUCCAAGUCAAGAAACCAGACAUUCCACUAAACUAAGGAGAAAGACCUUGACUCCUGCUACAACCUUGCUUUGAUGCUGCCAAGACCAGAAGCAGAGAUUUCUUCACUCAUCACAAAGCCCAUGCAAUUCACCCAUACUUACCCUUGAGCUCUCUCAACCUAGAGCAAUAGCCAAUUGACUUUUUUGCACUGCUCUGUAAAAAUCACUCUACAGACUGGAUACUGCCAAGCCCUUCCAGUUCACACUGUCCUUGGAACUCCAAGGCCAUUGGAUUGCUUGAAUUUUUUCACAUAUUUGUAUUUCUUUAUUUGUUUCCUUUCCCACAAUGACAUCAAACCAGAAUACAUAGGGGAACUGUGGGUGAGGGAAACCAAAUAGAAAAGAUCUGAAAAAAAAAUAAAGUUAGGAGAAAAGAGUCUAUUUCCUUUAUGCAAUAAAAGACCCAAAGUCCAGAAUGUAUAUCAAGGCCUUUGAAUGGGGUCUUUCAGUGAUAGGUAAUAAAUUUUAAAUACACUGAUCAUUACAUGAGUUAGACUUGAAGGGAAUGUCAAAAGCAUUAGAGUACAGCUUGAGGAAUCGCAAAGUCCUUUUAUAUUUGGAUGGAUAACUACAAAUGUGUGCUUUCUAUAAAAGAUCUUGAGAAAAGUUAAACAAAGAACAUUGUUGGCAUUAUUAAAGCAUAGGCAGUAAUUUUUCACUGAAGUAAUAUUCACUGAAGUAAUAUUUGAACUUCAAAAAAUAUAUUAAUAUUUUAUCAAAGUAAUAUAGUAAAUAUAGCUCUGAAAGCUAAAAACUAUUAGACCUGUAUAAAAAGCAAAAUUUCUUUGACAUAUUCUACUUCUACCACCCCUUCUGAAAAAGCUUGCAACUACGAAAUUUUCAAACUGAAAUCUAUUCCAUAUAAAGUACCCAAAUAACCCCUUUCUAUUGAUGUUUUUUAUUUUUCAGUUUUAAUAUUUCCUUAUUGACUUUCUAGUGCAAAAGAUGCAGAUUUAUCUCUCUUCACCUCUUGAAUAAUCCAAAAACACAACUCUUCUCUUCCCUUUGAACUUUGUUUUGUAACAUACUAAUUAAAUCAAAUAAUCAACACUGGCAUCAUCAUAGUAUGUAACUGUUAAUGAAGCCUGAGCCACAUAGUAUUCUUAUGAUUAUGCUGCCUUUCUGUCAUGACAUUUUGCUUUUCCAGAAUCUUAUUUUUUAUUGCCUCACUUUCUAUAUAGUCCUCAUUUCAUUCAUUCCUCCCCAAACUCUCUGACAAAACAAUAAAUGUGCCCUCAGUAUAUUCAAGCACACUCACACACUGGCUCAUUUUCUUUCCUUUUCCCCUGGAGAUCUCACAUCUGGAGCCACCAGUCUGCCCACACUAGUUUGGCCUGGCGGAUCUCCAUGCUGCCUGAGCAGCAACUGGCCUGAGUUCUCCUUUCCCUCUUCCUGAGCAUGCUGAUUGCCUCUUUCUGGUGUUGAAUCCUCUGUCUGCUGGACCCCAAACCACCUUCUUUCUUGGUUUUCUCCAUCAUUUUAAAAAAACACAUCUACUGUCUUUUUGUCCAUUUUUCCAUUGCUAUAAGAAAAUAGUUAAGCUGAAUACUUUAUAAACAAAGAAAGUUUAUUUUACUCACAGUUUGGAAGACUAAAAAUCCAAGCAGCACAUCACCAGUCUGGCAAGGACUCUCCUGAUUACAUCACAUCAUGGUAGAUGGCAUCAUGCCACAUACAUAGGUGAGAGGGACAGAGCACACAGUGAGAGAGCAGGGAAAGCGGUCUUUCUCUUUUAUAGCAAUGCUCCCAUUAGAACUAACCACUGUCCCAAGAGAACUACCCUAAUUUCUUCUGAAGGCAGCAACCCUAGUGUCCUAAUUACUUCUUACAAGCUCCCACACCCAACUUUUAGGUGUGGGGUCCCCUCUAACACCACUACACUGGGGACCAAGAUUGUAACAUGUGAAAGUUUGGGAUUCACUCAAAUCAUAGCAAGAGUCCACACCUGUCUCUGUAUUCUCUUCUGUAACACUGGGUGUUAAAACCUCUAAACUACAUUUCCCAGGCUCUUUAUCCCUUGGCUUCUUCUAAGGCUCUAUCAAGGAAUAGCACCAUUUUCUUUACGCCAUGAAGGAAGCUUAGCAGCUGCUGUGACCAUUGCUGGUCACCACAGCUAGUGGGAUGGAGGUCCCCAAUCCUCAGUGGCAGUUCUACAGUUGUAGCAGCAGCACCAGUGGCAGCAAAAGUGUCCCUGCCUACAUCACAAUAUGAACAGGCCCUUGGGCUCCAGCCAGGAAAAACUGCCACUCUCUGGUCUUUGUGUGGUCUUCCCUUUUCUCUCUCCAGCGCAUCUUUCUCUCUUCUUCUCAAACAAUUGUUUUGUAAACAAGUAUCUGUAUUAAAUGACCUUUACUUGAAAUACCAA